AUGGGCCAUUUCGAUAUAGGCAGGGACCACGAGUGUCCGUUAUGUGCAGGUGAGACCCUGAACGGUCAGCGCCUGAUCGAGUUCCGGCUGGGCGCGGAGGCGGAGUCGGAGCAAGGCGAGGGGCUGGCGGUGGCGUCGGCCGAGCUGCUGGUGCGCGCCGAGACGUCGCCGCGCGCGCGCCGCCUGCGCUACACGCUGUGGGCCUUCACCGUGAGCGGCAACGACUCCGCCGCCAUCAGCGCGCUGGCGGGCGCGGCGCGGCGCGACCCGGCGCGGCGCUGGCAGCGCCUCGACGUGACGGCGGCGGCGCGGCGCUGGGCGGCGGCGGCCGCGCCGCUGCGGCUGCUGCUGGACUGCAGCGGCUGCGGCGGCCGCGUGCGGCUGCGGCUGGGCGGCGGCCAGGCGGCGCGGCCGCUGCUGCGCCUGCUGCUCAAGCCGCCGCCCGCGCGCCGCCGCCGCGCGCUGGACUGCGACGCCGCCGAGCACGGCCGCUGCUGCCGCCAGACCUACUACGUGAGCUUCCGCGCGCUGGGCUGGGACGACUGGAUCGUGGCGCCGGAGGGCUACUACGCCAACUACUGCCGCGGCGCCUGCGCCCCCUUCCUCAACUACCACUCGCAGGUGGUGGAGGCGGCGCGGCUGGAGCGAGCCGAGUGCUGCGCGCCCGUGCGCUUCUCGGCGCUGUCGCUCAUCUACUUCGGCGCCGACUCCAACAUCAUCAAGCGCGACCUGCCCGAGAUGGUGGUGGAGGAGUGCGACUGCCCGUAGCGGCGCCCGUGUACAUAGCCUGCCGCCCGACGCCGCCCGCUCCCGCCGCCCCGCCGCCCCCGCCGCGGCUCGCUUCCGCCGCUCUCGAAUCCGAUUUAAUCCGAAUCGAUUAUAAAUAAUAUUCUCGACUUGUGUAAUAUUUUGUUCCUCGCGUUCGAAAGACUAUAUCCUAAAAUCGAAUAAAUAAAUGUCCGUGUAGGGAGGGCAGGUGGCGCGUGGGCCUCGCGCCGCGCGUCUCAGGACUGUAGUGUAGUGCGCUCGACGAGACGCGCGGUGCGCGGCGCUCGCGAUGCCGUCUCUACACGCCCUAAAUAAUUUAAUACUACGCCGUUUUCUUUCACCCCGUUUGGUGAUCGCUUGUAAUUAUUGUAAACUGUAUUAUAAUAAU